GCAGCGGCAGCAGUGAUCCGAGCAGCAGCCCCGGCCGGCCCCGAUCCCUCCCAGCGCCGCUCUGUCCGCCCCCGCGGCUCGGCGAUCCCGCUCCAUCCCGGCCGGAGCCCGGCAGGAACGUCUCCCCCUCCUGCCAGCAUGAGCAAGGGCGGAGGACUCUCGGGAGAAACAGGAAAGCAAAUGACCGACUCUUUCAAGGCUUCCGACUUGAUAAUCACCCCAGCUACGACGUUCAAGGAGAAACCAGACCCCACAGGUCUGGUGUUUGGAACUGUGUUCACUGACAAUAUGCUGACAAUUGAAUGGUCCUUGGAUUCAGGAUGGGAGAAACCCUGUAUCAGGCCUCUGGAGAACCUCUCAUUACAUCCAGCCUCCUCGGCCCUGCAUUAUGCUGUAGAACCAAGAGGACAGAGGGAGGAGAAUCUGGUGUCAUUGCUGUGGCUCAAUGAAUACACACUGUUUGAAGGCAUGAAGGCGUACCGAGGAGUGGACGGCAAAAUCCGCCUGUUCCGGCCCGCCCUGAACAUGGACAGGAUGGCACGAUCAGCACUGAGGACAACCCUGCCAUCUUUUGACCAGAAGGAGCUGUUGGAGUGCAUCUGUAAGCUUGUGGAAGUGGAGCAGGAGUGGGUGCCCUACUCAACCUCUGCCAGCCUCUACAUCCGUCCCACCCUCGUUGGAACUGAGCCUUCCCUUGGAGUGAAGAAGCCAACUAAAGCCCUGCUGUAUGUCAUUCUGAGCCCCGUGGGCCCUUACUUUGCAAGUGGAAGCUUUAAUCCAAUAUCCUUGUGGGCAGAUCCAAAAUACGUGAGAGCGUGGAAAGGGGGAACAGGAGACUGCAAAGUGGGAGGGAAUUAUGGUUCUUCUAUUUAUGCCCAGCAAGAAGCCCUGGAGUUUGGCUGCCAGCAGGUUUUGUGGCUCUAUGGAGAAGAUCACCAAAUAACUGAAGUUGGAACGAUGAAUCUGUUUCUCUACUGGAUAAAUGAAGAUGGAGAGAAUGAGCUGGCAACGCCACCUUUAGAUGGCAUCAUCCUUCCAGGAGUGACAAGGCAAAGCAUUUUGGAUCUGGCACGCAGCUGGGGAGAAUUCAAAGUGUCUGAGCGAUACAUCACCAUGAGUGACCUGACAGCUGCCUUGGAAGAGAACAGAGUAAAGGAGAUGUUUGGUGCUGGAACAGCUUGCAUUGUAUGUCCCAUCUCUAAAAUUUUAUAUAAGGGCAAGCACUUGCACAUCCCAACUAUGGAGAAUGGGCCUGAGGUAACAACCCGUUUCCUGAAGAAGCUAACUGAUAUCCAGUAUGGAAGAGAAGACAGCGACUGGGCGGUGCUGGUGUCAUGAAGGUGGCAGAGUUCAGAGCCUCCAGACAGACCUGACAUCUGAACAGUGACAAAUUCAGUAGCUGCCAGUGUGUAGCAUAGUCCCAGUAUCAAUUUGCUCCCCAGGAUGAUUGUUUCCACAAUCUGGCAAACGUGAACACAAUCAUUUUGAUUUCUACUGUAAUCCUCUUGGUAGAAGCCUGUCUUCUUGGUAGAGGUGCUAAAUGUUAGCAAUAGAACUUUCCCAAUGGUUUUCUUAGUGCCUCCUUAUAUACAGUCUGGAAACUUGUAAAAUGCUCUUCAACUGCUCUUCAGUUUGGUUUGUUUACUGCCUCCACCAACAGAACAUGUGUCACGGGAGCAUGUUGCCUGUUAGCUGCCCACGGGGUUCUGUUGACAUUAUUCUGCCUUUUGCUCUGGGUUUGGGAAACAAAUCUAGCCUACUUUCAUGAAUGGCUAAAUACUUUCAUCCUUUCAUACUCUGCUGGUAUGGGAGAUUCCUGAGUUUCAUAGCCUGGUAGGUGCCCUCAUACUCUGUCCAGUAAGUCUGGCCUUUAGCCCGAAAUUCUCUGUCAGUCUGGCCUGCAGGAUGGUCCCUGUUGGCCUGUUGCCCUUCCCUCUGUGGGGAUUUGCAGUGGCUGCUUGGGCAGUGCAUUUCUCUUUGAGAGUUGAGUACAUCCUUCUGGACAUGAUCUAAAAGGCUGUGUCAGGCUUUUAAAAAUGAGAUAAAAGUUCCCCUUUGGCCUAGCAGAGCUGGGCUCUGCAGACACAGCGUCUAGAAAGGGAGAUCAGACAACUUUGGCUGUGAAAAUGGAACCAUUCCUCACAGCAACCAAACCUUUGGGUUGAGGAGUUUCUUCCAUCACCCACUCACAUAAUUUAGAUCACAAAAAUGUUUUCCUUGUCCCUUUCACAUGCUUGCUGUGUCCUGCCUCCACUGACACGUGUACUGUAGAAGGGCCUUCCUGUUCAGGAACAAGCAUUGUUGUCAACAGAAAAUGUCUAGAAGGAAAGAGGUUUUGUUCAAGCCCUGAUGUCGUUCUGGUUAAGCAGACAAUUCACAGAGUGCUGCUUUCUCACAUGCAGCCUUGAUUCUUUGGAAGCAAUACAGAGCAUGUAGCCCACAGUUGGGGAAGUAACUUCUGCAAAUGUUCACUAACGACCAUCCUGUAAUAUUUAUUAGCUCUCUCCUUCUGCACACAGCUUUGUUGAACAGCUUUAAGAUACCUCUUGCCAAAAAGGAUAACCGUAUUCUGCAUCAAUGUUCCAAAGUGCUGCUUCAGUAUAAAACUGGUGGAACUUUAUUGACACUUUAUUGGAGUCCUAGAAGAAGUAAAAGUGAAACAUUUCUUGUUCUAGUUCGCAGUAGAGAUGCACCAGUAUUAAGGGAAACAUUUAGCACUUUAAUUUUUUUAAGACCAACAGUAUCUCUCCCAUGCUUAAUAAGUCUUUUGUAGUUACUGGCUUUUGUUAACAUAGUUUAAAAAGGCAAAAUAUAAUUUCUAGUGGACCAUCCAUGCCUUAUGCAGCUAUUAAAGAGCAGCCUUACGGCUUCCUGUUCACUUCUGGUCACUUUUUGAAGACCCCUCCUUAGCCAUCACUUUCUUCUGCUCCCUCAGAUGAUUUUUCCUGUCUUGGACUGCAGUCCAAUCUGAUCUUUUAAUGAAGAACAGUUGAAGGUUCUCUCUGUUAAGAAUUGAUGGAUAAUUUUUUCUUUAGUCUAAAACUGCAAGCACAAAACGUUGUUUCACUCACAGUAGCCAUAGUGUUGUGACCAUUUGAAUCUGUAUCCUGUGCUGGUCUUUGUUCAGUAUCUCACUAUGUGUUAUAAACUGCUGGUAGUUUUUCCUUUUAUUUAAUUAGAUGGCUGGAAAUAUAAACAUGGGGAAUAUGUCAAGGUGCAACAUGGGGUAGAGAGUUUUAUCCAAUGAGACCAGUAUUGAAAUUAAAGAGUGCCUUUAACCAGAGUGUGGCGUGGAGCUCUCGAAAUGAGCAACCAUUUGUGGCUUACUGGUACUGAACAAUCUAUUCUUUCCCUUGAGCUCACCUUUGCUUUAGCAGCAAAUGGAAUAGUGAAAAUAUCUAAGUUCAGAUGCAUGGCAAAGUGGCUGUGCAAUACCUGAACAUCUCAGCUUUGACAGAGUUGAUAAAUGAUACCAUAUAUCAAAAAUCCCCAUGAAGGCCUCAGGAUACCAGCAGCAAUCUAUUCACUAGGCAGAAUGAAUAAGGACCAGUUAGCAGAAUUACUUUACUGAAAUGUAACCCUGAAAGUUGUUAAAUUGGUUAAGUUGUUCAGUUGGUUGCAAGUAAUUUAACAUGAGCCAGGUGGUUCAUUUGUUGUGUUUUGCACUGUUUCCUGCACUGACCAGAGAGACAUCUCUCUUUUUCCUGCUGAUGGAGACUCAAAAUGAGGAGAGCUGAUAGUGGAAUGACCCACAGAAAUGAGUGGUCUUUUCUCCCAGGGAAGAAUGAAAACGUGGAGUGUGUUUAUGUUAAUUGUUGUCUUUAACAUCUUGGUUAAUUGCCUUGCUCUGUCUGUGUCAGCUCAAGGCUGUGCUUGUUUCCAAGUGGAAUCCAGGGGAAUAAGUUUUAGAUUUUAAACUUUGAAACAGAAAGAAGAGAGCUGACAGGUCAGUAUAGUACAGGAAAUUCUUCUGAUGUUGCGUGCUGUCCUACUCUGAAUUCUGGCAGUGCAUUUCAUCCCAGUAACCAAAGGAAAGAAAUAACAUGUGUAAAUAACAAUCAGUAUUUGAUACUGCAUUCUCCUUGUUUCCACUUGUAAAAUUUGGGAGGGAGCUGUGAUAUUCCCUGAGCUAGUAACAGAUUGUAAAAGAACAUCUGCACAUCUUUUCUGCAUGUGCCCUAUUUGUUUAAUUGCAACAGAUUUACAUAGAAAGAGUAUGGUACAUCAUAACUAGGCAAUUAUCCAUUCUUCAUCACUUAGUUAUGGUUCUGGUAAUUGAUAUUUAAGACAUAAGAUAGUCUAACAUUAGGAAAAUUUGAAACUGUUCAAAAAAGAUCAACAAAUUAAUAUUGUUGUGUGAUAUUUGCAUAAUUGGCUGCAAUUAUUUAAUGUUUAAUUGGGUUGAUCAAAUGAGAUUCAGCCUUUCACAUGCUUAUGUUUUACAAACACUGGUACUUUAAAAUGAUAAUACUGAAAUCUAAUUUUCAUAUGUUCUUUCUCCUCUGCAUUCUUUUGAUUAUUAUUUUCAGUAUUGAGCGUGUCCUUAAUUUUCAGUUUGGUUAGCAUGAUUCAUGACUAGGAAAAAAAUCCUUCAAAUAACAGAAUUUUCAUGAAACUGGCAUUUCAUACAAGCUGUUCUGGUGCCAAGAAUUAUGGCUUCAGCAACUGGCAUUACUUAACCAGAGUGUUAACUGCAGUGAGGGCAAAUUCAUGGAGAAUCGGCAGGGCCAGACCCAGGUGAGGAUGCUGAUAAAGGUUCCUAGGGUGGGUAAUCUGUUCAGUCCAGAGCAGGGCAAAGCAAUCAGGAUUUUCCUGGGGUAUAGAAGGGAUGACUCAUUGGACAAAAGCAAGGUAGUGAGAUCUCUCUGCCCAGCCAUUGCUUACACCUGUUCAACUGUCUCAAGCCAAAAAGCAGUCACCAGCCACUCCUCCUCUUUGUCCCUAACCUCUUGUUUGGGUUUGCCUAAUUCAACACAGAGAUAUCAUAGAUCCUUUCCUGUGUACUUACUUCUAUUGUUUAUCCUCAGGCAUGAGGAAUGGUAAUUUGGAAAAAUGUCAUACUUGAAAGUCAUGUGGAGUGCAAGUUAUUUGAAAUGUCUGUCUGCCAAGAGGUAGCCAGAAAAACAGCUGGGACUGAUCUCAGAGCUGCUUCAUUAGAGGAGGAGCCCUCUUGGAUUCACUGGCCUCUCCAAAACAAUCUGCAUAAUGCCAGCAGCUUCCUGAGAGUGAGCUGUCACUGCCUUGCUCUGGAAUGGAGCACAGAGGUGUGCAGAGCUGGUGGCACAGCCUGGCACACUGCCUUGCUCUGGAAGGGAGUACAGAGGUGUGCAGGGCUGGUGGCACAGCCUGGCACACUGCCUUGCUCUGGAGUGGAGCACAGGGGUGUGCAGGGCUGGUGGCACAGCCUGGCACACUGCCUUGCUCUGGAGUGGAGCACAGGGGUGUGCAGGGCUGGUGGCACAGCCUGGCACACUGCCUUGCUCUGCCUGGGAUCCGCCCUGCUGAGGGUAAAUGUCAAUGUUCUGGUGGCAGGCUGAUGUCCUGAGAGGUGGCAGGCAGCUGGAGAUGAUGGCUGAGCAUGCCCUGAGACAGUUGUUACCUGGUCCUUGCUGUCUUUCUCUCCCUUUCACACAGACUUGCACCCCUUUUUCCCCAGCCUGCUAUUGCUGUCUCAUAUCUAAAAGGGGACUAUUCAAACAAAUUUGCAUUCUUCUUGCUUUUAGCAGUAGUGACAGUUAAAAAAAAACCAACAACAAAAAAGGCAGUUUUUUCAUAUUCAAGGUGUUGAGGGAUCAGAAUUGUGCUGCAGCACCAGAACAUGUAAUCCCUGAACAGACUGCCACUGACUUUGUGACCGUGAAGUUACCUAAACUCUGAAGUGCUGAGCAGUAGUACUACCACUUACACCACUUCUAACUCUAAACCAAACUUUUGUUUAAAAGCUUGUUUCAUUACAGAUCCAAUUAAGCUUUCCAGAAAAAGCUUUUUAAGCGACAAGAAAUAUGCCAUGUAAAGUCCAGUAUUUCAAGGAUUCCAUUGGAAUAUACUCACUUGGUUAUGCAAGGAAAAAUGUUAUUUAAAUGAGAAAUACAUUCAAGGUUUGCUGCAUACAGCCAUAAAUGUGUAACAAAUGUAGUUCAGAAUAUAAAAAUUAGCAUACAGAAUAAUCUUGACAACAGAGUUCCAUCUCAGACUGGGCUGUCCUGUUAGAAAAGUGAUGCUUGAAGGAAUCAUGACACCUCUCAAUGUGAAGUCAUGAGCACAGGACUGUCUUAGAGGUGCACUUGGUCCUGUAGCACUGGGACAGACAUCUUUAUCCAUCUUGACCAAAAAAUCGCUGAACUGCAAUGCUUACCAGUUUGGAAACGUGAAAGACCUGUGUUUUACUGUAUUUUGUCUCUAACUUCCAGAUUUGGAAAAAUAAUUCAUAGGUCCCAAAUAAUUUAAGCUCAAAAACUUCUUAACGAGUUACUUGUAUUUUUAGCCAUAAGAGCAGAAGAGAAUACUGGCAUUGCAUUGGUGAACAAUAUUGUUGUAGCAGUCCUCAUGUCUGUGCCUUGCUGUGAGCAGGAUUCUUAUUAGUAGGAAUUCCAGGAUAUUUUCUCUGACUGUGCAAAAUCUGAGUGCCAUCUAUAAUACAAAUAUAUAUUUUGGCAAUAUAUUGGCAAAUAUAUCCCCAGCUCCAUAAACAAAACUAACUUGGCCAUUACCUUGAGCUAGAACAGUCAGGCACACUGGGAUGUAGCAGAUGAGGAGCAAAACUAAAUUACAGCAGUAAAUAGAUUUGAAAUAAGAUCAGUCAGUGGAUUUGGAAUGAGUAGCUCAGAUACUAACAGAAGUCUCAUUAAUCAUACUAGCAAGGCUAACCCAAAUAUACUAAACCACUAUUUUGGGCACACACAAAUAUACUAAAAAAUAAUGGUGAUGAUAUUCACCAGUAGUAACAGCAUGGUUCUCUCUGAACAUGAAUUUAUACUCUUUGCUUAUCUUAAAAUUUAAUUUAUCAUAUCUGAAUUUUACCACAAUCCUGCAUUUUCAUGCCAUGCUUUAAAAAAAAAAGUCUCUUAAAUUUCAUGUUCAUGGGAGGAUUUUAACGAAGAUUAAAGACCUUGAUUUAAAAUUUUAAAGCCUUUAAAAUACCUGCUGGGUAAAGUUAAGGUAGAAACAGGGAAGACAACUUUGUGCAAGUUCCAAAUGGUUUACCAGCACUGGCCGUUUUUGGUUUUUACCAAAGAGGUAUGCAGGGAAUAGUUGAUAAAAUGAGCUUGUUGCUUGUUUCCCAAGAGCUGGGGAAGUUUCUAAGAGCUGGUUCUCUUAACACUAACUCUGUAUAGUUCCUGACUCUGUCAGGCUUAGAGCACUCAUUUCAGGGGGAGGUGGAGGAGCUCAGAAGCUUUUUUUAGGCUGUACUGUCUUGCAGAAACAGAUUUUCUGUCCUUUUACGAUCAAAGUGAUCGAGGUAUGAACAUGGACUCUUUUAAACUUUGCACCUUUUUAUAAAAAUGUUUUUAAUUUUAGAGUUCUGAUACAGUGUUGCUGGACCGCUGUCUUACACUAUCACAUUGCAGUAGCUCAGAGGAAGAAAGCAAACCUUCUUAUUCUUUAUGUAAUCACCUUCUUUCUGUAUGCCAAACCCCCUGGUCCCUGUGAUUUGGUCACCACUAGAAUUGUGAUCAUUUUGGGUGAAAUAACUGCACCCUGCUUGUGCUAAGCUAAAUACUGAGUGCUGGCAGCAAAGGCCUGAGCAGUGAGUGGAAAUUGCUGUGUCAGGAGGAGGCAUGCCAGGAGCAGGAGUGAAAAUGAAAAUACCCACCAGGGCAGGGAGGCAGGAGGUCAGCAGCACAUCAUACCCACUCCUGGUCAGUCCACUGAGGGACCAGCACAACUCUGGCAGGAUCAGAGACUGAUGCUGGGAUUGAAGUUGGUAUUAAUGCUCUUCGCUUGCUUAAGCACCUCCAUCUGUGCCUGCAUUUUCAGCUUGGGCCCCCCUGUAUCUUCACUGGAAGCUGCAACACUUUUAUCUGUUGGAGAACAGUGGAAUAUUUGGUCAAACAGCUCAUGCUCCGUGCCAUCUAACAGGUCACUGGUGUAUUCUCUUCCCAUAAUUUGUAUUAAGCCCAGUGGUGGGCCGGAGCUGCAAGCAGGAGACAAACACCUCAUUACCACCAUUUCAGAGUCCAGAAUGUUCACCAAGGGUGGAUCUGUUCCCUUUGUCUCCUGGGGAGGUGGCUUGGACUCACCUUGGCCGCUGGGUGACAAAACGUAGAAGGUUCUUUGCCAUAAUAGAGACAAGUUCCAGCUUCAUCUGAAGCUGUCUACAGACAGUUUCUGUUGGAAAGCCAGAAGUCCCCAUCCACUUGACCCUUGAGGCAUUUAGAAAGCUGCAGUGGUGGUUACUGAAAUUGCAGUGGAAGUUAGCAGCUUAGGGAGGGAGAAGUAAACACCUCUGAAGGGUCUCUGUUUCCUCAAAUGCUGAAAGUGAACUGGGUAUUUUACAAGAAUCUGAGGCAUAUAAAAGCAGUAAGGGACAGUGUGUGAAAAAGUACUGGGUAAACUAAAGGAAACUCUACCUCAUUCUUCUCUAAAGGUUUUUAGAAGCACAAUUAAGAGCUGCUAAUGGCAUUGUUAGGUAGCGACCAUCUGGCACGAAAGAAGCACUAUAUUUGUGUGUCUGUACAUCCUGUGAGAACUGUAUUUUGCUGGCAGUAGGAACAGUCUAUACUAUUUGCAGUUUUCCUUCGUCAAAUCUAUAUUCAAAUGUUCUGUAUUCAAAUUCAAUGUUUCUGUCUCCAAUAAAGGAAUUUAAUUGGCA